GGAUUUCUGGGACGGAUCAGCGGUUCGAUAGGCCCAGCGGAGCAACGCGGAGGUCUUGAUCUGCUCGCGGGUUUCCAGCCACUUUUCCAUUUUAGUCAUCUACCAAUAUGGAGACAGUGACAAAGCCAGCCAAAGAAACACCAUUGCUCAAAGAAUCCACAGGGCCACCGUGUGCUUUGAAAGAGAUAUUAAUGAACCCAAAGAGCUCCAUCUCACCUUUCCCAGUCUGCCUCACCUCUGCCGGCUCCCAGCAUGCUUCUUCGGCCCGACCUCGGUGACCCCUUGGGGGUGCCGCGCCGCCCAUGGCGGACGCGGAUGCCACGGAGUCGCUGGUCUCAUCGGAGUGCUCCGAUGACGACGGAGGGCUGCAGUUCAUGGAUCAGGUGGAAUUGAUGCCCAAGGACCCUGUGGAGCGGUGCUUCUCCUGGCGAACCUUCAUGGCCUACUGUGGCCCUGGAUGGCUCAUGAGCUUGGCAUACUUGGACCCAGGGAACCUCGAGGGCGAUUUGCAGAGCGGAGCCUUUGCUGGCUACAGCCUUCUGUGGGUCUUGCUGGUGUGCGCUCUGGCGGGGUUGAGUCUGCAAAUCCUCGCAGCCCGCCUAGCAGUGGUCACAGGACGCGACUUGGCGCAGACGUGCCGCGCAGAGUAUCCACGGCCGUUGAGCUUGCUACUGUGGCUGAUGACGGAGUUGGCCAUCAUCGGUGCGGACAUCCAGGAGGUGGUCGGUACCGGCAUAGCGCUGAAAGUCCUGUUGGGUUGGCCCCUUUGGCUAGGCUCCCUCUUUACGGGUCUCGACACCUUCACCUUCUUGAUGAUCCACUACAUGGGGAAGAGGUGGCUGGAGGCCUUCAUUUUGCUCUUGAUCUUCAUCACAACCAUCUGCUUCUUCAUGAACUUUGCCUACAUGCCGCCCUCGGCUGCAGGGCUUCUGGGCGGAUUCAGCUUCCAAGUGCCUGACUACGCCGUUGUGCAGAUGGUGGGGACCAUAGGCGGUGGCAUCAUGCCCCACAACUUAUACCUCCACAGCGGCAUCUGCAAGCAGCGCGCUUGCGACCGGAGUGAUGAUGAGCUCUUUGUCUCAGAAUUCUGCGAGUCCGCCGUGCAGAACAUCUUUGCGUGUGAAGCAAAAUCCCUUUGACCCGAGAGAAUCUGUUUGACUACAAGGAGGUAUUCAUGGAUGGCAACCGUGCAGAAGGUAAGCCAAUCUUUGUGAGGAUGGUAUGAGUUGUGGAACCGAGCAUCAAGCUGCCAGUGACUGGGGUGUUCCAAGAGAAAAGCUAAACAAAUUGACGGUAGAAAUUAAUUAAUGUGCUUGGGAUUCUGGGCUGAUGUCUUCAGUGGACACAGAUGUUUUUGGUGUUCCAGAAGUUGGACUGGACUGGUUGCGACAAGGGUCUUAUUGGACCGC